CCAGUCUGGUCCAGGUUCUGUACAUCAGUCAGCCAGUCAGUCAGUCAGUCAGGCAGUGUGUUGUAUAGUGUGUGACGGUAUGUUCUGCAGCGCGGUUUGUCGUGUUCGGAUACCGCGUACAAUUUGACGGAAUUUCCGGAUCAGGGAGUUUGUAACUGUCUGGAAAUCUACGCGAUUGGUGACUGGUGACUACGUUACACCUGGAGUUUGCAGAAUUAAAGGAGUUCUCCGUGCUAAACAGCAGUCGAAGGCAGUGGAGACAGCCUCAGCAGAGGUCAAAGACAUCAGCCGUCGGAAGGCCUUGAGGAGGGAACGAACUACGCACACACAAGAAGAACGAGCAUUAGAAAUAAAGAGAGCGUGUGUGUUGAAGUGAGAAGAUACAGUCCAAACAGUCAGACUGAUAGACGCACUUUUGUGCUGGGGCGUAACAGAGGCCGCGUACAAACCAUCCGGUCGGGCCAUGAGCGAUGGCGAAGAUGGCGAGGGUCGGCCAAGUCCCACGACCACGGCAGAAGCUCCAACGACGUCCUCCUCCACAGAGCCCGGUCCUCCCCGGACCUUCCCCAAAGUCCCCAUCUUCGUCGUCGAGGACCACCACGACGUGCUAACGUUCCUGUACCGGUGUCUCGGGUCGCGCCACCUCCCCAUCCGGGGCAACAAGAUCAUCCACUUCGAUUCCCAUCCGGACAUGUGCAUCCCGAAGCACAUGCCGGCCGCGUACGUGUUCAACAAGGAGGACCUGCUGGACUCGAUCUCGAUCGAGAACUGGCUCAUGCCAACGGUGUUUGCCGGCCACGUCGAGCGGAUCGUCUGGGUCAAGCCGGCCUGGAGUGACCAGAUCCCGAAGGGCAAAUUCCAGUUCAAUGUGGGCGAAUUCGAGGGCAGCAUCCGGACCGAUUCGACGCUGGAGUACUUUGUGUCCGAGGGUUGCUACCAGCCGGAGGAACAACUCGAGAACAAAAAGUCCCUCAAGCUGGAGGUGUGCGCAAUCGACGAAUACGCACCGGCGGACGACGCCGAAGAUCUGAAGGACGGUUACAUCCUGGACGUUGAUCUGGACUACUUUAGCACGCACAAUCCGUUCCUGAAGAUCUACGACAAGGUGGGGCUGUACGAUAAGCUGAAGGAGAUCUUCAUCUCGCCGGAACUGGCGGACAGCAACGAGAGUGAUUUGGAAAAGUUGCAGCGGAUUGCGAAGAACCGCGAGGAAAAGUUGGAGUUUUUGGAGUCGAUGUUCCUGUACCUGGAGGAGGUGGGCAAUUUGAAGCACUUUUUGGUGGAUUAUCAGCAGGAAAUUAGCGAAGAGUACACGCAGCUGCUUGCGAAAGUGUCCUCGCUGGUGGGGGUCUUGAAGAAGGAGUAUGCCGAGGAGGAAAUUGACUGGUCCAUGAUUUACGAUGCCGGCUGCACGUGCGACAUCACCGACCUGCCCCACCACGAGUCCAGCCGGGAAGAAAUCGUAGCGAUGAUCGGUCAGUUUGAGGGCUUCCUGGCGCGACUUCCCGCCCCGCCAACGGUCGUGACCGUGUCCCGGUCGAGCGAGGACGAUUACACACCGGCGGACCAGGUCGAGCUGAUUCAGGAACUGGUGCUGGCGGCGCUUCAAAAGUGCCUCCGCGCCGAACUCGACGAACCCAUUCUGUACUAUAAGGACCAGGAGUUUAAGCUGUAAUCGUUGUUCUUCCCACGUCCGCUCCUCCUCCACAGAAUCCUUCCCUUAGGACGCACCCCCCAAAUUGAAACCAGUGUACCAUUACGAAUUAUGAUACUGUGCUAUGAUGAAAUCAGUACCGACUUUUUACCUUACUAACAAUUAACGAAACGUAACUAUUUAAGGCAGUUAAGUAAAACAAAUGAAUACCGGUAAUAAAAACACCAAAAUAAAAAAAAAAACGAGAUAAAA